AUGGCUCAGAUAUGCAUGCGUACGAUGGUGCCCCAGGACCCGAUGACAACCUUGCACCCCGACACAAACAUUGGACAUUCGGCUAAAAGAAUCAGCUCCUCGCCCUCGCGCUUGUGUCUGGUCCAUGACUCCAGCGAUCUCGCGUCUGUGGAGUCGGCUCCUCGCGUCAGCGCCGACGGUAUGGCGGUUCCUAGUAGUGUUUUCGGCCAGACCGCUGACGCCGCCAGACGUGUCGCCAGGUGCUACAAAAUGGCUCUUGGCGUAGCAGUCACGUCGUGGCUGUGGAAAGAGUUCACCUUCCAGCUCAGCGGCGAGGGCUUCAACGCCUCAAGGUAG